AUGAAGUCCUCUGUCUUCAUCCUUUUUCUGAUCCUCAUUCUGGAAAGACAGGCAGCUGUGGAUGGACUCUAUGGUGGGACAAAAGGCUAUUUCUCAAGUAGCUCAUCAGGAUUUAUGCUCGGUCAGAAAGGUCAUCUCAACUACGGGCUCAAAGGAAGAAGUGACGAUGCAGCCGAGGACAGUGUUUUCAUGCAAACAAAACAGCAAGUAUAUGACCAGGAUGGUGACAUGACACAGACACGUUUUUCACAAGAGCAUGCAGGUGUAAAAGGGGCCGCAUUUUGUCGUAAAGGACAAGCAUCUCAGCUGAAAUCCCAAGAAUCCCAAUUAAAAUCCUUUGGACAGCUGAAAUCCCAUCAGUCUCAACUGAAGUCCCAAAAUGCACAACUGAAAUCCUAUAGUCAACAAAAUGCCCAAGUAAAAUCCUUUGGACAGCUGAAAUCCCAUCAGUCUCAACUGAAAUCUCAUGGAGAACUAAAGUCCCAAAAUGCGCAACUGAAAUCCUAUGGACAUCUAAAAUCCCAAGAUGCCCAACUAAAUUCCUAUAGUCAACAAAAUUCCCAAUUAAAAUCCUUUGGACAGCUGAAAUCCCAUCAGUCUCAAAUGAAAUCUCUUGGAGAACUAAAGUCCCAAAAUGCGCAACUGAAAUCCUAUAGUCAACGAAAAUCCUAUGGUGAAGAUGCCCAAAUGAAGUCCUAUAGCCAACUAAAAUCCCAACCUGCCCAACAAAAACUCUAUGGUCAACAAAAAUCCCUUGAAUCACAAGUUAAAUCUUAUAGCCAAAUGAAAUCCCAUGGUGGCCAACAAAAAUUCCUAGGCCAACAAAAGUCUCUAAAAAGUUUUUCUCAACAAACUCAACAGAAAGGAUUUGCCAUGGAUGAAGACGCGUCACAAGUGCGCAAACAACAUGAUGACAAUGAGCAGUCUGCACAGCAAAAGUCUACCCAGUACGCAAAAACAGAGGAAGACUUCUCUCAGUUUGGACAGCAACGGCAAUUUGGACAAGAACGCGCGCAGUCCUACAAAGGAUAUCUUGAACAAUACAAAAAGAAAAACCAAGGCAGCUAUUUUACAAAGGGAGGGUCAAGCCUAUUUCAAACUCAAUUUAAGGGAUAA